AUGCGUUUCUCCACGGUCUUCACUGUUGCUGCCGCCGUCGCUGCCGCGACCCCCGCUCUCGCUUAUCCUAUGCCCGUUGAGACUGAGGCGACAGGCGAGGUCUCCGAGCAGCCCCACCCCCACCACGGUGCCGGCAUGCAUGCCCACGCUGGUGCGCACGCUCAUCACGGUCAUGAAGGCCAUCGCGGUCAGCAGCACGGCCAGCACGGCCAUAAGCAGGGCAAGCACGGUCGCAAGCAUGGCGGAAAGCAAGGUCGCAAGCCAGCCGCUCGCGACCUAGAGGAGCUCCUUGCUCGCGGCCCCGGCGAUGAACACGAGGAACACGCUCACGCUGGCGCGCACCCUGAGCACGCUGCGCAGCACGCUCAGGAACAUCACGAUGCUCACCACCCUGCGCACUCUGCUCAGCAUCGCCACCACCACAAUGGUCAGCAACCCGCACACCAGGCUGGCCAGCACCCCGCCGCUGGUCAACACGCUGCCCACCACCAGCCGCACGCUACCCGUGAGUUCUUCAACGAGCUCUACGCCCGCCAAGCUGGCAAUCACGGCCACCGCCACGGGCAGCAGCAUGGCAAGCACGGGCAGAAGCAGGGCAAGCACGGGCAGAAGCAGGGAAAGCACGGGCAGCACGCCGGUCAACACGGCGAGCACGGAGCCGGCCACAAGCACCAUCACGCUGAGGCGACCGAGGCUCCUGCUCCCGCUGCUGCCGUUUCCGAACGCGACUUCGAACUCGAUGAGUUCUACGCCCGUGAGCUUGAGGGCCAGCCUGGGCCUCGCCACGGCAACCACGGCCGCAAGCACAGCCACAAGCACGGCAAGCAGGGCCACAACCACGGUCAGCAGGAGCACGCUGGCAAGCACGGCCACCCCCACGCCGGCGGCAGGCACCAGAAGACUACCGCCGUAGAGCCCGCCGCAGAGCCCGCCGUCACGGCGCGCGACUUCAACGAGCUGUACGAGCGCGAGCUGGAUGAUCUGGCUGAGGUCUUCGCCCGCUCGCUCUAUGAUGAGCUUGACUGA